UGCAACGUGGUCAAUAUCAACGUGGUCAUACACAACGUGGUCGAUAUUAACGUGGUCAAUCGGGACUGUGGUCAAUAUUAACGUGGCCAAACGAGGGCCACUCGAACCAGCUUAUUCACGAAUAACCUCAACGAGAGGUUAUGCCCCUAUCCGCAACCUGGGGACGCGUUCGGGCCCCCUGAGCUGGGGUUCUCCAAUUCCGGCCAAACCAUGCAUCCCCCGGCAAACCAGGCAACGCACGUCGCCAGAAUCGAAGCCGAAAACCUAACCUAACCCACCUAACCCACCCUUUAUGUAGGUGUGGGUUGAAUCGUACUUUGUGUAGAUAUCAUAUCAACCAGGUUAUCAAACUUAUUUUUCUCCGCAUAUAAUGAUUUCGGAGCGAAACUACUGUGUAUCGAUCAUGUCUUUCAUAUUUAAAAUAACUGCUAUAUUUUCGAAACUUUUUGUUAAGAAAUAUUUAAUAGAAAUCGAACGCCGGCUAAAACUUUCUCAAGGUCGCUCAGGAGGGUGACCUUGAGAAAGUUUUAGCCGGCGUUCGUUUUCUAUUAAAUAUUUCUUAACAAAAAGUUUCGAAAAUAUAGCAGUUAUUUUAAAUAUGAAAGACAUGAUCGAUACACAGUACACUUAACAACAUAUGUCAAGGUCAAGGUCAUCGGAGCUGACUCCCUUAGUACAAAAUUAUCUUAAGAUUUAAUUAGUAAUAUAAAAGUUAUUUAAGAAUAUUGAUUCAGAAACUUAAACCUAAAGGACAAAUAUCUUGAUAAAAAAUUAUAGGGACUUGAGGAGUUAUUUUUCCCUACUCUACAAGUCAACUAGAGAUUGCUCUCCUUUACUGUAACAUUCUUUAUACAUACAUAUAAAUUAUUGGAUGGAUACACUAUUUAAGUAAUAGUUUAUAUUUUACUCUCUGGAGUAUCUAUUUAUUAAUCUUAUCAGUGAUUUAUUCUUUUAUUCAGUAGAACAAUACAGAUUCUAAACUUGUUUCAAGGUCAUAACAUGUCUGGAGUGGAUGGUAACAGUACGGAGGGGGAAUCGGCAUGUGGCCGCGGACCUGCUCAGACUGGCCCUGGCUGUUACCGCAAUUACGAACAUUAUAGUCUAUUGCGACAGCGGCGUAAUGCGUCCAAUGCUUGUUUCCCGAAUUUACCCAAUGACCUGCCUACUACACCUGACAGCCCAAAUCGUCGGCUUCUCGAUUUUGUCCAGAAUGUACCGGGUGUUCAGAAUGAUGAUUACUAUCAGGACGAAAUGCCAGCACAGCAUGCCAAUCAAGGGAAUGUGACAUCUAGCGCAAUGUCCGACAGCACGCGUUGACCAGCAUCGUUGAGCGAAGCUACCGAGAGUAUCACUCGUCACACAUUCGCUUGUUCACACGCAAAUUUACUACUGCUCUAACAUGUCGGACCUUGCCAAGCCUUAUCAACUCGUCCGAUCAGCAAUGUGUGCCGAUUCUCUUCGCUAAGUAUAUACUCCUUCCUUCCGGACACAAACGGUUUCAGCUUUUCUCAACGAAAGAACAUACGUAUCGGACCCAUAACACAAGGCGGAAAAAUUAUAAACUUUGAUGUAAACACGCGAAUUAUAUUAGUGUUCAUCGACGACUCAAAUUGAAGAGUCGAUCGCGAUAAUAGAAAGUUAGAUAAACUAGGAGCUCAAUGUAUAAUAAAAAGUAUACAUACAGAAUUCUCAAUAUGCAUCUCGAUUUCUGUAAUGAAAUUGACCGAAAAUUUCUAAUCUAAUAUAUAUUUUAUUUGUAUUCGACUUUUAUGUAUCAGAAACAGAAAUCAAAUUUAAUCGUCAACAGAACCAAAUUUAUAAAUAU